AUGGAUCCGCUACAGCAGCCUGUCUCAGAAGUUCCUGCUGUCGCGGAGCCGCAGCAGCCUCCUGUCGAGCCCCAGGCGCCAGAAGUUCCCCAGUCGCUGCCAGUUCCGUCCGAACAGGAACAGCCUGUAGAGCAGACAGAGGAGCAGCCCGCCCCAGUCAGUGUCAACGUUGAACAGCCUUCUGAUGAUGCGGUCGCUGCACCGGUCGAACAAGCUGCUGGUCACGUCCGAGUCGAUCAUGGUUACGCUAGCGACUCAAAAGCCCACUAUCACUCUCGAUCCACCGAAUUCCACAACUCUGCUCCUGAAUACCAUCCUCAAGAUGCCGACCCAACUUCUCGCUUCAAUUCAUCACCUUCCCUGACUCAGCAGCCUCAGCUUCACCCCGCAUCGCGUCCCGGCUCUGGUUUUUCAAGUGGCCCGGAACGACAUGGCAUGUCACAGCCACAGCCAUCGGAGGUCGCCCAAAGGGGACAGUCGUCGCAGGCGGCGAAGAAUAGCGUUGUCAUCAAGGUUGGAAUGGUUGGAGAUGCUCAGAUCGGAAAGACUAGUCUGAUGGUCAAGUACGUCGAGGGUAGCUGGGAUGAGGACUACAUUCAGACACUGGGUGUCAAUUUCAUGGAGAAGACUAUUUCAAUUCGUAACACUGAGAUCACUUUUAGCAUUUGGGAUCUUGGUGGUCAGCGUGAGUUUGUGAACAUGCUUCCGCUUGUCUGCAACGAUGCUGUGGCUAUUCUUUUCAUGUUUGAUCUCACCCGCAAGAGCACUCUCAACUCCAUCAAGGAGUGGUACCGCCAGGGCCGAGGCUUCAACAAGACAGCAAUUCCCUUCUUAGUUGGAACCAAAUACGACCACUUUGUCAACUUCCCCCGGGAAGACCAAGAAGAGAUCUCUUUGCAAGCGAAGCGCUUUGCUAAGGCGAUGAAGGCCAGCCUGAUCUUCAGCAGCACCAGUCACAGCAUCAAUGUUCAAAAGAUCUUCAAAAUUGUCCUGGCCAAGGCAUUCGAUCUUAAAUGUACCAUCCCUGAGAUUGAGAAUGUUGGCGAGCCCCUGCUACUCUACAAGUCUGUCUAA